AUGCCAGAACACUCCAAGAUUAAUGUCGCCGUCCAGACCCGAGUGGCGUUGUUGAAGAACCGGACCAUCCGAUGUUUGUACAAGACCACGCUCCAGGCUGAGUCGCGCCUGUCGGCCGUCGUUAUCGCGUGGGCUCAAGACCGUGUGGAGAAGUUUUGUCAGGCGCUGAUGGCCGGGAUAAAAGCGGCCGACCAGGGAGAGGGGGCACAACAGCAACAACACCGAGAAGGCGGCGAAGGGCUCAACGAACUUAAUGAACAGUUGAACGAAGAGCGGAACGAAGAGCGGAGCGGGCAACGCAGCGAAGAAAAGCGCGGUGAAGAAUCCGCCGAGCUAGAGCAACCGCAACAUCACCCUACUGAAGAGCCGCAAGAACCCACUAAUGAAGGGAAACAAACAACGGGCUAUGACGUGCAGAUGAACCUGGUCAGCCUCUCGCGGCGAGAUGUGCUUCUUUGCUUUGACUUGUUCCUCAAAGACUGCGACGCUGCCAUGCGCAGCCGAGUCGACCAGAGCCUCGAAGAGCCUAUCCACUUCGUCUUCCGCAAACACGGCACGUACUACGUCCAACCGAAACAACACCUCGACUCGGAAGUGUCAAGAAAGUAUCUUUAUGCCCGAAGCAAAGACAAGGGAGCGCGGCCUCUCUACUCGGACCUGGACAACCCGCCCUUGUACGACAAUGGCAGGCGCGUUCCCGACGAGGAACGCGCCACGUACGGGAUGUCAACGUUUUUCGAGACGACAGGCCGACCGCGGCACUACGCUAACGUCUGA